AUGACAAGAUUCGUCAGUCUCGUCAGUCUCGUCAGUCUGAAUCAUCCCGUUAUUCACAGGUUCCAUGGUCCAAUUUCAGAUAGCCGCAUGCUAAUCCAAGGCCUUGGGUCUAUAUAUUCUCGUGAUUAUCUUUACAAGAUUCAGCCCUGUAGAUCAAUGACUUGGGUGGGCCAAAUCUUCGGGUUUACAUUCUUGACGCCUCCCCGUUGCCUCUUUUGCCAUGAUCUCUCCAAAAGGAAGUCUGCAAACCAGAAGGCAAAAAAAAAGGAUGCAGAGAAAAGAAAGUGA